GGGGGGCGGAGAUGGAAGGCGGGCUGAGGGGAGGAGUCGCUCUUUCUUCGACCUGGCCGUGGCGCGCGUCUCCUCGCUCUUUUCCCCCCCUGCCUGUUGCCCCCAACCCCAGCUCCGGCUCGACUCGACCUUCCACCUCUUCUUCUUGCUGCGCGCCCAGCCAUGCCCAACAUCGUACUGUUCAGCGGCAGCUCGCACCAGGAUCUGUCACAGCGCGUGGCCGAUCGGCUGGGGCUGGAUCUAGGGAAAGUUGUGACGAAGAAAUUCAGCAACCAGGAGACCAGUGUAGAGAUUGGUGAAAGUGUCAGAGGAGAAGAUGUGUACAUUGUCCAGAGUGGUUGUGGCGAAAUAAAUGACAAUCUGAUGGAGCUUCUCAUCAUGAUUAAUGCUUGCAAGAUCGCAUCUUCCUCACGUGUCACCGCAGUCAUCCCAUGUUUCCCUUAUGCCAGGCAAGAUAAGAAAGACAAGAGCCGGGCUCCCAUUUCUGCAAAACUUGUUGCCAAUAUGUUAUCAGUUGCUGGAGCAGACCACAUCAUCACAAUGGACUUGCAUGCUUCACAGAUACAGGGGUUCUUUGAUAUCCCAGUGGACAACCUGUAUGCAGAACCAGCAGUGUUGCAGUGGAUCAAAGAAAAUAUUGUGGACUGGAGAAACUGUGUCAUCGUCUCACCUGAUGCGGGUGGAGCAAAAAGGGUCACUUCAAUUGCUGACAGACUUAACGUUGAAUUCGCCCUGAUUCACAAAGAAAGAAAGAAAGCCAAUGAGGUGGACCGAAUGGUCUUGGUUGGUGAUGUUACUGGUCGUGUAGCAAUUCUUGUGGAUGAUAUGGCAGACACAUGUGGCACAAUAUGUUAUGCAGCAGACAGGCUAGUGUCUGCAGGAGCAACUAAAGUGUAUGCCAUUCUUACCCAUGGAAUUUUCUCUGGGCCUGCUAUUUCUCGGAUCAAUAAUGCUGCUUUUGAAGCAGUGGUGGUAACAAACACGAUCCCCCAGGAAGAAAAAAUGAAACAUUGUCCCAAGAUUCAGGUUAUUGAUAUUUCCAUGAUUUUGGCAGAGGCUAUCCGAAGAACACACAAUGGCGAAUCUGUGUCCUACCUCUUCAGCCAUGUCCCAUUAUAACUGCAAAUUGACAUCCACAGGUUGCAUUUAGCAGCAUUUUAUUAAAAAAUGCAGCACAUUAUUAAGAUAUGGAAGGCCUGAAAGUUUCAUAUAUCACCUCUUCAGAUAAGGACAAUAUGUCAUAACAGUAUGUAAAACAGACUCUCUUUUUUGGUAGAACUUUUACAGAUUCUCUUGGGGCUUUAAAUGGGGAAUAUAAUGGAGAUGGGCAAGUAUUAUAUGAGAAAGGCCAAAGUUAUCUCAGGAGUGUGUAUGUAGUAGGAGAUGUUGCUGAUAGUUAUAAAACUUCACUCAGAACUUUUAAACUUAGAUUCAUAAACAGACAUUUAAAAAUUGGGUACAGGGCCUGUAUUUUUGUCCUUCUGAAGACAUCAGUGUCCAGUCUUAAGCCAGCAGAUACAUUCCCUUAGGGCAGUUUAUACAUCUCUUUAAAAUGUCUAUACUAUAACGACAAGUUACUUUUUUAUCAGUGAGAAAAACAUGUUAUGCAAUGUCUGUUCUCAUAGCUGGCUUUCAACCAUAGUCCAUUGACUUAUGAAUUGGCAUUUUAACAGUACAAGCAUAAGAACAUUUUCUUGGGAGUAAAUCCCAUUGAGCAGACUUAAGUAGAAUUCUGAGUAGACUUGUUGAGGAUUGCACUGUUCAUUGUAAAUCUCAUCUCAGAACUAAAUAAGGUUUUUUGAGCUUUCUACAUUUGCUUUGUGAAUAGAUUUUAGGGGAAAAAAUAGGUUUAGAGCAGGGGUAGCCAACGGUAGCUCUCCAGAUGUUUUUUUGCCUACAACUCCCAUCAGCCCCAGCCAUUGGCCAUGCUGGCUGGGGCUGAUGGGAGUUGUAGGCAAAAAACAUUUGGAGAGCUACCGUUGGCCACUCCUGGUUUAGAGCAUAUGAAGCCAUUUUAAAAUGCAAAAAAAAAAGUUAACUGUUGACCUGAGCAGUACUUCGUACAUAACGUUUUGUAAUAUUUAAAAGUCACACCCAUUGGCAGUUUAUCCUUAUAAUAUUUGCAAAACCUUAGCCAUUCAGUAUUUUUUUUGAGAUUAUACUUCAGUCAUCUCUCUUCUUCUUGAUUUUGGUGAGCCUCUCUCAUAACCUCUUUCAACAUGACUUUCAUGGCACCACAGCCCUUUAUUUCCAAACAACACUUCUCUUUACCACACUGUGAGGCCCAUGGUCAUAUUUGAAAUAGUCCACAGUGUGCCCCUGGAAACUGGAGGGCCAUUGGCAUGGAAAAGAUUUGCAGUUUGAACCACUUUUAUGACUUAGGGCUUCUAGCAUUACCUAACAUGUAGGGAGCCAUGUUGUAUUAGCUCUCAUACUGUGAGUUUCUUAUCUUUAUCAGCACUUGAGAAAUACUAAAAAAAGGACCAGUCUUCCACCUCUGUAACCAUCUGCCCUUAAUUUUUUAAAAUCAGGGCUUGCACAUUACAGAAGUCUGAGCGAUAGUUUAACUUCUAAAAUUGGCCUCUCUCUACUAGCUAGAGAUUCUCAUUAUCCUUAAAAUAAAAAUAAACAAUGAAAAUAAUAAUAUUUACUGUAUUUCCCUUAAAUAAAAAAAAAAUGUUUCUCACAAAACCUGAUAUAUUCCGCCUGAGAGGGAACUGAAACAAUUCAAUAAAUACUCUGCUGUAAAAUGGAGCAGUCAAGUUGCUAACCUUGCAUUAAGGAAGCUUCCAUACUUGGUAUUCUUAAGGGAAGGCAACAGACAAAAAUUCUUCCUAAUGAAUGGGCAUCAUGUUAUUGGAUAGCACUGAUGGAUACUGCCUUGUUAACCUAGAUUCCACAGCAAAAACAGAGCAUAUUGAUGAAAAUCUGAAUGGAAUUUUAAAAUGGCUUUCACAUGCUAGCCUUGAUGUACGAUCAAAUACAUUUAUUAAUUGUUGUGUUUUGACAAAUAUGAAGACAGAGAGAAACAGUAAUUAAAUGUGCAUAACGUUUAUGGACCAAAGAGUAUAUUUUUCUAAGUUUCAUCUUACCCAAAAGAAAGUAGCGUGUAUUCUACCACUCUGCUCAACAAACUCCGAAACGUCCUUCCAGACUCAGAAGCAUUUCUCCAAGUCAAGUAGCUCCAAGAGCCACUUCCAUAAAACUGAUUAUAUCCUGUAAUUUUUCAGUUGUUGUGCUAUCUUUUUUAUUCUAAGCCACAAUCUUACCAAAACUGUAACAACUGGAAGCAUUUUGUUUGUGAUCAGGUCUCUGUUUCAAAUAAUAUCUGGAACAGUUGCUGAGUAUUGUAUUUACAUUUUCCCCUCUUAAUAAAUUUGAAAAUGUUAUCCUUA